UCCACGAUCACUCAAACGUCCACACAUCGCCGUAGCUCGCAAUCAUGGGCUCUCGCGUGUCGGCCAGCGAGGUCAAUGCCUUGCUAGAGAAGAUGAAGUCACAGGAUGCCGACUUCAGAUUCAUGGCACUCAAUGACCUCAUCAGUGAUUCAAAGCGCGAUGGCAGCGCCCCCAUGAUCCAGAUGGACCAGGACCUCGAAGGCAAGGUAGUCGCCCAAAUUCUCGAGCUCAUGAAGGACGCCAACGGGGAGGUCAAGAACAUGGCCGUCAAGAGCCUCGGGGUCCUCGUUGCCGGCCGCUUACGAGACAAACAGAUCUCCAUCAUCAUCGACAACCUCGUCAAGUUCAUUUCAUCAAAGGAGGAAGACCUACGAGACAUUGCCUCACUGGCGCUCAAGACUGUUGUUGGCAGCCUACCUGCUGGGUCGACUCCUGCUCGUCUUGCAUUCGAUAGCCUGUCCCCUAAACUCCUCAGCGCAGUCGGAGACGGCGCAUCCUCGCAAGAGCUCAUCAUCGACUCACUCGACGUCCUUGCCGACCUCUUUCUGCGCUUUCCACGAAAUCUUGUCGAAAAUGCUGGCCUGCAGAAAGCUGGUCUCCAGUCUCUCCUUCCUCUUCUCGGCCAUUCCCGCGUAGCCGUUCGCAAGCGUGCAACAUCCGCCCUCAGCACCCUCGCAGCUAGCUCCUCGUCCGAAGUCUUCACGCAGCUCUCCUCGGCGAUUUCUACCGAUCUCAGCGGCACCGAUACGGAGCGCAUCAAGACCGUGGUGCAGCUUGUCGGCGCAUUGGCUCGCCUCAGCCCUCGUCGCCUUGGACGUCGCCUGCCCGACUUUAUGCCGCGCAUCGUGGAGAACGCCCAGAAGGAGGACGACGACGAGCUGCGAGAGACUUGUCUCCAGGCUAUGGAGCUCGUCCUGCUACGAUGCCCUACCGAGAUCACGCCCUUCCUCAACCAGCUCAUUGACAUUGGCAUUCAACUCAUCAAGCAUGACCCCAACUUUGCAGGCGGCAAUGAUUCUGACGACGAGAUGGCAGACGGAAGCGAUGCCGGGAAUGACGAGGACGACGACGACCUCGACUUGGACGACGAGUACUCGGAUGACGACGACGUGUCGUGGAAGGUCAGGCGAGCAGCUGCCAAGACCCUCAGUGCGGCCAUUGCUACUCGCCCUGAGCUCCUAGCCAGUCUUGUAGCCUCUGUCACUCCCGUCCUCGUCUCUCGAUUUUCUGAACGUGAGGAGAGCGUGCGACUGGAGAUUUUCAGCACUUUUCUCUCGCUGCUGCGUCAAGUGCAGCUGAGUGCGGGCUUGGCUCAAGCGACGGAGGUCAGGGGCCAAUCACCUGGAGCUCUCAAGCGUAAGAGGGACACCAGCAGGCAAACCGCACAGAACGACGCCGCCACGACGGCAGCCGCCACCAGUCCGCGCUCUCAAUUGCGUACGAUGUCGCCGACUAUCUCCAAGGCGCUGAUCAAGGAGCUCGGCGGCAAGUCAGCGAGCACGAGGCUGACCUGCGCUUCAGCCUUCCGCGAGCUGGCCGUCGUGCUGCAAGGAGGAUUGGAUCCUAGCAUUCCUGCCAUCAUUGCUCAGCUUGAGAAAGCUAUCAAGACGGCAGGUUCGGCUGCUGGCGGCGUAGGCUCCACCUCAAUCAAGUCGGAGGUCAUCUCCUUCCUCCGCGUCCUCUUCAUCACGCACUCGCCCAAGGCUUACGAGGGUCAGCUUGCCACCAUCACCGAGAUACUGGCUUCCGCCAUCACGGAUCAGGCUCAUCGCGACUCGGUCGAGGCCCUCGAUGCCAGUGCAGAUCUGGUGGCGGAACUUUCCGGCACUCAGUCAACUGUACUCCCGCUCUACGAGGCCACUCUGUCGCGCCUCAACCGUCAGGAUUCGGACUCUGAAAUCAAGGAAAAGGGCAUCGCUACGCUAGGUGCUUUGCUCGCGUUUGCAGGGUCGCAACUGCAGAACAAGUACAGCGAGUGCUUCCCGGUGCUGCUUGAGCGUCUGCGCAACGAAGUCACCCGCUUUGCGACAGUCAAGGUCAUCACGCUGCUUGCCGCCUCGCAAGCUUGCACUGGCGCAGAGUUCGAGAACUUCCUCCAGACGUGCGACGACGAGGUGGCUACGCUGCUGCGUCAAAGCAAUCGCCCGCUCAAGCUUGCUGCCUUUGAUGCACUCGCAGCCUCGCUGGAAAGACUAGGCUCUCAUCUGAGCUCCUCGACGGCCAAUAGCAUCCUGACGGAGAUUCACGCACUGCUCUUGCAUGACGUCGACAUGACGCUGCUUCCAUACGCCCUCAAGACGGUCGGUUUACUCGUCUCGUCGAAUCCAAACAAUCUCUCCACGGCGCGUGACGCCGUCUUCCCCCGAAUCAUGGAGCUCGUCAAGUCACCGCUGCUCCAGGGAACCGCACUCGAGUCCGUUGUCGCCUUCAUACGCGUGGUGGUAGCCGUCGACACCAAACAGGGUGCUAGCACAGUCAAGGAGCUCUUGGCGUCCUACGAGAAUGGAGGCGCUCCAGCCAGCGUCGCCCGCUGUAUUGGCGCUGCUGUCAUCGCCGACCAGUCCAGCGUGCCCAAGGUGCUCAAGGACGUGGGUAAGCAGCUGGGCGAUGCCAACGACGCGACCACAGCCUUCAAUCUGCUCAUCCUCGGCGAGGUGGGCCGUUUCGAGGACUUUAGCAAGCAUGAAAAGCUUUCAGAGCAGGUGUUGGCUGCCUUCGCCAGCGAGAGCGAUGAGGUGCGAAGCGCGGCAGCCUUUGCGCUUGGCAACAUGGGCGUGGGUAACUUGGACGCUUUCCUCCCUGUCAUCCGACAGCACGUCGAGUCGGACGACACAAAGCACCGUCUACUGGCACUCAAUGCGCUAAAGGAGCUCAUCACGCACGGCUCUCCGGCGCAACUCGCCAGCGUAGCGGAGCAAGUCUGGACACCCCUCCUCGACAUUUGUCAGAUCAACGAUGAGGCUACACGCAACAUCGGGGCCGAGUGUCUCGCUCGCUUGACGCUGACCGAUCCGCAGCGCUACCUCGUCCAGCUGCAGUCACGUCUCGCCGACCCUUCAGCCUCAACGCGCGCAGCGGUCAUCGCCGCGGUCCGCUUCACGCUCACCGAUGCUUCUUCAACGUACGAUGACCUGCUGGCGCCCUUCCUCCUCGACUUCCUCACCUUGCUCAAAGAUCCUGACCUCGAAGUGCGCCGCCACGCAAUGUUUGCGCUCAACAGCUCGGCGCACAACAAGCCGCACCUGAUCCGGGAGCACCUCACUACGCUCCUCCCGCUCCUGUACGAAGAGACGCACGUCCGCAAGGAGCUGAUGCGCAAGGUAGCCAUGGGCCCCUUUACGGUCACCCAGGACGACGGUUUGGACCUGCGCAAGAAUGCAUUUGAGACGAUGUACACCCUUCUCGACACUUGCUUGGCGCAGAUUGCUCUGCCGGAGUAUCUGGCUCGCGUGAUUGCAGGAUUGAGGGACGACGAUCAGGUCAAGCUGCUUUGCUACUUGAUCCUCGUGAGGCUAGCAGACCUUGUGCCACUCCAGAUGGGUCAGAAUCUGGACGAGGUUUCUGACCCGAUUGGCGAGUCACUCAAGAUCAAGCUCAAGGAUGGAGCUACGAAGCAGGAUGUCGAGAAGAGCACCGAGCUGACACGAGCAGCGUUCAGGGCGCUGGUUGCGCUGGAGAGGUUGGUGAGCAAGGACGGCGCCGGUGGAUCGGGAGUCGUAUCGGCGCCGCGAUUCCAGCAGCUGGUAAGGGAGGCAGCUACGGGGCCGUCUGCUGCGUUGUACCGCGAGGUGGCCGCGGCAGCUUCGAGCCAGCAGAGGGCGUGAGCGGGCGGGGCAACGCGCCCCAGUGAGGACGAAUCGAGAGUCAAUUCAUUACCAUCUC